AUCUGCAAAAGUUGGUAGCUAUUCGCAGCUAAACAUACGUACCUCGCACUAGCACUGCAAGCAGGACGGCUAUAGCAGACCUACUCUGUGCCUGCAUUGAUAAGAUGGCUGCAAGCUACGGCCUCCUGCUACUGUUACUGACGUUAGGUUGUCUUCAGUGGGCGGUGUUAGCUCAACAAUGGAGUGGUUAUGUUAAUGAGGAGGGUGGGUCCCUCAACUAUGGCUGCCCUCAGGACACGGCUGCUCUGUCCGGAGUAGCCAGUGACUACUUUGUAUUGUCGAGUGAUCGUCGGUGGGACUUCCUGUGCACGUCUGCCGGGGGAUUGGCCAACGUCUCUCUCACCUGCUCCAUACUGCCAGCCAUUAAUGAUUUGUUGGGAGAGCUGAACUUUGACUGCCCGGACGAUGGCUUCCUGACUGGUCUGUCCAGCGUGUUCACUGAUAGCUCCACUGACAGAGUGUGGCAGCCCAACUGCUGCACACGACCGUUUGCUAGUCUCAUCAACUGUCAGAAACCAUCGUCCACUUGGAACAAUGUGCUGAGGGACAAUCUCAACUUCACAGGAUCUGGUGAUCGCGUCGUGGCUGGUCUGGAAUCAUUCUAUUUCAACAAGGAUCGGAGAUGGCGCUUCAGGACUUGUGAACUAGAAGUUGACUGCGGUGAUCCUGGCGUACCUGAUAAUGCUGUUCAGAGCGGAGACAACUUUCUGUACAACAGCACAGUGACGUUUACUUGUAACCAUGGUUACUACCAGUCGAGCGGAGCAGUGGGCGGAAUCAGGCGCUGCCUAGAGACAGGAUUGUGGAGCGACAGUCAACCUGUGUGUACAGGCUGCACGGCCAUCACUGACUGUGAGGAUAUCCGCUGUACUGGCCCCACUAACGAGAGCUGUGCCUUGUGUGCCUCCAACACUGGACCAGGUCUGGGGGAGAGGGCCUUCACCAACACAGGCACACACUGCCAACCCAAGUGCUCCUGGCUGACCACCUUCUGUUAUCCUGGUGUGUGCACUGACCUACCCUCGUCUUGUAACUGUACCACAGGUUUCCAUGGAGACGACUGCUUACAAAUAUCGGACUCUAUUGCUCUGGAGGACUGCACUGUGGGAAUUGUGGGAGCAGAUGGAAGUCAGGUGUCGUUGUCAUGCCAACCAAACACCACCACCCCUCUACUCUACACCAACAUAGUCCCCUACCAGGUGACGGGAGAAUGGGGCGUGGCCUACACUCCGCCCACUCCCCUCCCACAACAACCAGCCUACGUGGGCGGCUUCUCAGUGGGUGUGGCUGUAGCGGAAAUACAAGCAAUACUGUACAGAGCAGCAAACCCUUCCGUGGCUGUCUCCAUGACAACCCAUCCGUGUGAGCGUACCAGUGUGUCCCCCGACAGUCCGAUAGCUGGUGUCGUUCUUUGUUCCUCCACUCCACCCCCGGCCAAUCUCACCACACACACCUUCCUACACGGAGACACUUUUGAGCUGCGUACAGUGGGCAAUGCAGGGGGCCAUCUGGACAUCCUGGACUUGGACCACCCCCCACAGUCACAGCGUCACUAUUACACAGCCACGCCCACUAGCGGAGAGGUCACCUUUAUUCUCGAUCUACAACCUCCAACACAUUGCUCGCUAGUGACAUCAUCAAACUGUCCGUCCAAUCAGAACCUUCUCAGCCUGUCAGGUGACAUUGUAACGUCCAAUCAGAUUACAGCAUCGUGGGGGGGAUGGCUCGAUAUUCCCUCAGGGGUUGUGAACUAUGAACUAACUGUCCAUUACCUCGAGUACACCCCCGGGCUACUAACUGAGGGAGCUGUACUAAAGGUCAAUCGUACGUCACAUGACGACCAACUGACAUAUAGUGAUGUCACAACUCUCCCGAGGGAAGGGCCCUACUCGUUUAUCCUCAAGUCACAUGACCUUGCCGGCAAUACACGUAUCAGUCGGCGUACUUUACUAUAUGACUUUAAUUCCAGUGUUGAGAUUAACCCUUUCGUUCCUCUAAUAGUGACGUCCGCUGUGCCCUCAACAGAUUAUAUUUGGCAAAAUUCGACUGAUAAAGUGUUUACAGUUUCAGGAAGUGGACAUUUCUAUAACACAAAUCUUCGUUCAACUAAUUACCUUGCCCCUCUCGCUAAUUACAGUGUGGGCGGAGUCAUUGACGAGGCGUAUGAUCAAGUAUUAGCCCAGGGCCGCUAUCCGAGGCAAGGUACAAUCAACGCACUAGGCAUUGUCGAACUAAACUAUGAUAUUAUUAUCGACCGCGUCGGUGGAAAUUCAAGUGACAGUUUAACGCAACCGAUUGCAUUCCCAUUCCAAACGAGUGAUAUUGGAAUGGAAAAUGUUGAAAUCAGAACUGAGCUACAAGAUGGCGAUUCUGUCAAGAUUUGGUUUCAAGCGAUUGAUUUUCGUUUUCAAUAUUCAGUCGAUUCUGUUCUAGUACACGUUGAUUCUUCCCCACCGGAGUUGAGUGAGCUCGGGCUGUAUUGGAGUGGAGUGGGCGGGAGUGGAGUGGGCGGACUGAGUCUACAUGGAACAGGGACAUUGUUGGAUCUCGAUAUUCGGUUCCAAGUACAGGACCAGCACAGUGGAAUAUACAGUGUAGAAUGGUCUAUCUCGACUGUGAUUGGCUCCGAAACCUUUGGGAGUGGGGGUGUUGCCGUGCCGAUGUCCGAACCCCACUCAUGUGCCCCCCCACAGUGCGUGUGUGACCCCCUGCAUCACUGUACCCCCGUACACUUCUCAAUCCAACCUCCCGCUAGCGAUUUCAGCAAUUCCCUCGCUCUACAUGAUACGGAUUAUAUAGUGACGGUUACCGUGAGCAACCAUGCUCGGCUCACGUCUACACUGUCUCACAGGUUCACGGUGGACACCACACCCCCUUUACAAGGUUAUGUGAUUGACGGACAGGGGUCAAAGGACAUUGAUUAUCAAACAACAUUUGAACUCUCUGCAAGUUGGACGGGAUUUUUUGAUCGGGAAUCAGACGUCGCAUUUUAUCAGUACAUUUUUGGAACGGAAUGUGCUAACUCUAGUUUAUUUAUGUAUCCACUAACAUCGGACAGUGAUGUCAUACAGACGAUUGUAACCAUGGCAGCACGGACCGCUCCAAUACAAGGAACUUAUUUUGUGACAGUUGUUGCGUUCAAUCAAGCACUUCAACCGUCCAAUCCAGUGUGCUCUGAUGGUGUUACCGUGGAUACUGUUGCCCCAGUGAUAGCGGGUGUAGUCAUUCCGGGAGCGGUGGUUCAGCCGGGACUUGUAAGCGAUGUGGAGGGUAUGUGGUACGUGAGGGAGGACCGUGUGAGGGUGUGGGUGGGGGCGUGCCCCAAUCUGACCACACCCAUCGUUGACCUCUCACCUUAUCCUAUUGGGACCGCCCCCUCACCUGAUGAUGUGUGCAGCUCCUCUACACUCUACACACCCUCACAACUCACACAUCUCACACAAGACCACACCCUCAACGUUACGUGGUCGGCUACAGACAAUAUUGGCAUAUCACACUUUGAAGUCGGUAUAAUAUCAGAAACAAACUUUACGGAAAAUGGACAAAAUAUAGAAUAUUUCCACACAGCAGGACAAUCUCAUUAUUCAUUCCAUAACUCUGAGUUGCUAAGCAACGGAAACCUGUUUUACGUGUCUCUCCGUGUCUUUGAUUUAGCCCAGCAAAUGGUGGUAUUGAAUAUCGGACCUAUAUUAGUAGAUGUGACUCCACCCACUUUUAACGCUACCCUUGAGGUUGUACGGAAUGGAGAUCAUGUGAUAUUGGAAUGGAAAUCUGAAGAUUUAGAGAGCGGAAUUGAACAAUUUCAGUUUGCAAUUGGAAAAACAGAAUUUGGAAUUCAAGUAUCUGAUUUUGCACCCCUCCCUUUAUCUACGCCCCCACAGUGCCCCACCCCCUUAUGUGUUGCCAUAGAAACAACGACACUACCUCUAUUGAGUGGGCGAGAGUAUUACAUCACGAUUCAAGCGACCAAUGGGGCGAGACUAUCAAGUUACAUCAGCAAACCAUUCACCCAGAUCAGCGGAGCCCCUUCACUCGGCUAUGUGUUUGAUAUCGAUCCAACUGUUCCAUUCAACUUAACCAGCUCUUAUAGUUCUUACAACAAAGACAUCGACAUUUUAGUAGAUUCUGAACGACUGUCUAUCAAAUGGGGAGGUUUUGUACAUCCGCACUUGCCAGUUAAUUACUCAGUCUUCCUUGGAUCCAGUCCUGGCAUUGACGAUAUUGUCACCCUGGUUACCGUUGGCACGGAAACAGCGUACGAGUUUACAAAUGUUAGUUUUACGAGCGGAAAUGUUUAUUAUUCGACGGUUAUUGCUGAGAAUAUUUACGGCCGUGUGAGUGUGAGUUCUGACAGUGUUCUGGUAUUAAGUGGCGUACGUGAUAGUCUCUCCAAAGCUACAGUACUGGAUCAACUCGUUUAUCAGGUUUCCACGAGUGCUGUGUCAGCAAAUUGGGUUUUCCCGGAUUUAAUUAAUACUCAUGCCUCUCGCUACGAAUGGGCAUUGCUAGGAGACGGUUACCAAGCAACACGAUACACCAACGUCGGCAAGGACACUAAUAUUAUUAGGAGUGUGAAUGAACUGCAAUCAGGAAUUAAAUACAGAUCAUCCGUACGAGCGUGCUUUCCUAACUUUUGUCUCGAUCCCAUUCUAUCCGAUGGUUUUUAUAUUUCUAUUCCGCCAAGUCCACGUUCCAUACAAGCCGUGUAUACUCCAAUAGAAAUGGAUGAGGAAUUCGGUACCAGUAAUUUUGGCAGUUUAUAUAUUUCGUGGGAUGCUUUUGUUGGAGAGCAAAUCUCUUACUACGAAUGGAGUAUUGGAAACUCUGAAAUGGGAGGGCAAGAAUUGAUUGUGAAUUGGAACAGAGUGUAUGGAGUAUCAGAUGAGGUUCACUUGAAUGCAAGCCUAUCCCUACAUAAGACUAACUAUGUUACGGUGCGGGGGUACAACUACCCUGGCCUGUCUGACCAAUCAACUGCUUUGUUGAAAUGGAGAAUAAACGAACAAGAAAUAGAACAAAAUCAAGUACCGAGAAAUCCACUUAUUGUUUUCGAUAUUACCGAGUCUGACGUCCCCCCUCUCCUUACUGAUAAUUGGAAAGAGAUUGAACACAUAGCGACUACCUACACUGAUAUAGACUACGCUGAUAUAACCUCUCUCUCUGCUGCGUGGCCCGACCUCCGCUAUUCUUACUUUCAUUAUUCCAUAUCAAGAAAACAAGAAUUUUCCGACUGUCAAAACGAUCCCUAUGCUAUAGCUUGUGGUAAUACUAUCGGCAAUGCUGUCACGGCAACGAACCUUGACCUUGUUAAUGGCGAACGUUACUACUUUUGUGUGCAAGGGUUACUUAGUGACGCUACCCACCCCACACCUCACACACCUCACACACUCACACACUGCUCUAACGGCGUGGUCGUUGAUUUAACCCCUCCGACAAGUGGGUGUGUCGAGAUAUUAACUCUUUCUGUUCCCGAAUAUGAUUACAUGUCGGGCAGUGGGAGCGCUUUCGUUGCCCCCGACAACGAAAGGGAGUGCUCAAGAGAUACUGGCAUUGCGUUUCAAGUGUCUAGUUCGGAGAUGUUUGUUGUGUGGGAGGAGUUUAGCGAUGUGGAGGGGGCGUGGCAUGUUGGGGGUGUGGCCAACUAUCAGUACGCUAUAGGAACUUCUGCUGGAUCUAGUGAUGUACUGGAUUUUACGUCAGUGGGUGUGACUACCUACGCUGUUGCUAGGGACCUCUCCUUGGAAACGAGCCUAACCUAUUAUGUAGCCAUACGAGGGAUUGACUUUGUUGGUCAUGUGACUGAUGCGUACUCGCAACCUGUUACCGUGGAUACGACCCCUCCGGAUAUCACGAGUGUGUGGAUCGAAGGAGCGAAUAAUUACAUAGAAAAUGGCCUUCGCUUGAAUUGGGAUUUGCCUCGCGAUGGCGACAGUGGAGUGAAGGUUGUGGAAUGGGCUAUUGGCAGCAGGUCAGGUUCCAGUGAUGGCAUGGAAUGGAGACCUGUGGAUCAUGUGAGUGUCACACGACAGCUGGUGGAGGGCACUCAGUUCAGUGAUGGACAGACCAUCUUCCUCUCCAUAAGAGUAACCAAUGGCGCUGGACUGACAACUAUCUCCUCGUCCGCUGCCUACACUCUUGACCACACCCCUCCCGCCCCCGGACACGUGUACGAUGGUUCCUAUAUAACUGCUGACGUCAGCGACCUCGACUACAGCACUGAUCUGAGCAAUCUCAAUAGUCACUGGACACGGUUCACUGACCCACACACGGACGUGGUGGAGUAUUUCAUCGCUAUGGGAACUACGUCUGGUGGGACGGACGUACAGGACACCAUCAGUGUGGGUGUGGCUUCAUCCGUCACCCUCACAUCUCUCACACUCUCACAAGGCCACACCUACUACACAACCGUCACAGCUUGUAACGCCCUCAAACUGUGCUCGUCUGCAUCGUCCAAUGGGAUUACAGUCGACGUGACUCCGCCCACUCCUGGCCGGGUUCUGAACAGCUACAGUGGACCAGACGACAUUCAAUUUCAAGGUUCAAGGUCCACCAUCUCGGCCCGCUGGAUUGGUUUCCAUGACGAUGAAUCCUCGCUACAAUAUUUCACCUACUAUAUUGGGCUAUCUCCUAACGACAGCAGUGUGAUUCCGCCCACUCAUGCCCCGCCCACUCAGACCUCGUUCAUCAUCCACACACCGCUCCCAACUCACACUCUGAUCUACACUACAGUUGUUGCCGUUAACGGAGCAGGGGUCAAAACUCAAGCUAGUUCUAGCGGACUUUACAUUGAUGACAUGACACCCGAAAUAACUGAGGGCGUUGCCAUACAUACAGAGUGGACGGGAUCCAUCUCCAUGGCAACACAAUACAGCACAUCAGCUCUUCGUAUACAAUGGAACUUUAUUGACUCUCAUACUUCAAUCAAUCAACAUUUCUGGUUUAUACUGUCCGAUUCUAAUACCAUAACUCCCAUACCAGGAACAGCCAUCGGGUCUCAGUCCCAUGCCACAGCUACAAACCUCGAGAUCAGAGACGGAGACACACACUCGGCUAUUUUGAUUGGCUGUAAUCAAGCCGGCCUUUGCACGCAGUCCACCUCUCGCAGCGUGUUAUUUGAUUCUUCUCCUCCGAUUGACGGCUAUUUUGCAGCGUACAGUGCUUCUAUGGCUUCUCUUAAUCGUACCGUGCCUGGAGGCAUGACAUGGAGGAACAGGAACGUCCGCGGAAUAGCCCAAAUUGAUAUUUCGUUUCUCGGAUUUAGUGAUCCACAUUCCGGUAUUGCCGAAUACUGGUUGUCCGUUGGUACGCUCUACAGUGGAUCUGACCUUUUGACCUCUAUGGGCCCGCAGCUGAUACAAGUGUCACCAGAGAGAGGAGUUAUCUUAGCAGAGAUUCUGUUAAAUAGAUUAUUGGUUGUCGAUGAAGUCCUACAUGUGUCGAUAUGGGCCAUUAAUGGCGUUGGAUUAGAGAGCUACAUAGUUAGGGGAAGUUUUACAGUUGAUGCACCAACUACACUCAAUAAUAAUGGAACUUUAACUCUGUUACGUUCGUCUUCGUGCCCUUUGACCUCUUGUCUAGGACAUUGUGCGUGUGGUGCGAGGGAGUCGCUGUGUGAAUUUGGAACAUUGCCCCCCUGUCAAAAACUGACCCCCUCCACGCUACCCCCUGAACUACAAGUGUCUGUACUGGCCACAUCCCCUCAACUAAUACCAGGGAGUGAUUCCAUCCUCUUUACUACUGUAACUGAUAAACUAGUGGCCGAGAUUGCCGAACCCGUUUCCAUGGAGAUACAACGUCUAGAGUGGAGCGUGAGUGAGGAGGGGUUUUCCCCAGGAUUGGGGGUUCAAAGUUCGGACGGUAUUACUUGGAGGGGGGUGGGCAAUCUGUCAAGACUUGUGUUUUCUAGCGCUCAAUCUCUCAAACAUGGAGUGUCAUAUAUAUUUCAUGUACGAGCUUGGUACAAUGAUACAUCUUACGCUGUGUUUACGUCUAAUAGCAUCACCGUGGAUACUGUUGGCACGGCAACUAUGCUCGGAGAACGUGUAAAAGUGUCGGAUAAUCGCAGAUUCACUUCUGACCUCACGAGUGUUUCCAUUUCGUUACAAAACUUAUUUGUCCCUUCCAUGGCUAGUUCAAUAUCCACGUUCCGAGUUGCUAUUGGCGACAGUCUCCAUGCCGACAAUAUACACUCCUACACGGACGUGGACCCGCUAACGGACUCACUUCUAUCGAACCUUGAUCUCAAGAAUGGUCGUACUUACUAUAUCACAGCACAAGGGAUUUCACCUCUCGGCAUAACCACCCCCUCAAUCUCCCGCCCCCUCACAGUCGAUCUGACCCCACCCACACAAGGUCACCUCUUCACUGGAACGAGAACACGAGAAGUGACCUCUCAAACGAACUCUACCGCGUAUACAGCACGUUGGUUAGGCUUCAAUAAUGCAUUAUCUGGGAUCAACCAUUACGAGCUGGCACUGACCACAUCACAUGAUCCGCCCACUCAAUACACGAACAUUGGUAUAUCGUUAAGCGGAACUUUGAACUCUUUGACCUUGAAUCACGGAGUGACGUAUUACUCGCACCUUGUUGCCGUUAGCAACGCUGGCAUACGAUCGGAUGAUUUUGUAUUAAGAAGAGGACUGGUGAUUGAUAACACUGCUCCUAUUGGUCUAUCUAAUAACAUCACUGGUGACAAUAUAAUCAGUAAUCCAUCGUUUGAAAGUGUUAUGUACGCGUCGGAAUGUCCUCAGGCAAUCGACAAUAAUCAAGCUACGCAAAAUUGGACUAUUAGCGGUGAAUCUCUUAUAGUAACAACGUAUAAUGAUUACAACGUGGUACCAGUUGAUGGUUGCUUGUCACUGUUGCUGUCUGGCAGUAUCUCCCAGGCUGUGGAUACUAGCGCAGGGGUUUGGUACAGAGCCUCGCUAUCUAUACAUCAGUUCAGUCACACAACCAGCACACGACUCACUAUGCAGGUAGCUGGUGCUAGUGUGGUGUGUGAGGUGGGAGGCUGGUGGUGGGGGCGGUGUCAGUUACUGUUUCAAGCAAGUCACUCCACUACCAUCAUCCAACUAACCACUGCAGCCUACGAACGAGUUAUCAUCGAUGAAAUAAAUAUCGUCCGUUUAUCUGAUUUCACUGAUACCAGAAAUGGACUCGCUAGUUUACCCAAUGAUCCUACAAACGCUAUCAGUAUAUCUAUGGAGGUCAUAAGUUCAACACAGGUUCGUCUGCAAGCUGAUUGGUUGAUUGCCGAUCCCGAGAGUGGAAUGCAAGAGUUCAUGUGGGCCGUGGGAACAGUGAGAGGAGGUCAACAAAAGCAACGAUAUCGCUCCACCGGCACUAACCCCUCGGCCAUUAGUGGACCACUAUCAGUAGGUCAUAACGAGAUGGUGUAUGUUACCGUAGUAGCCACUAACUUUGCUGGUUUGAGGGAGGUGUUCUAUUCUCGUCCCUUCAUCGUUGACCACACCCCUCCACAUGUGAGUGGGCGUGUAUGGGAUGGAGUGGGCGGUGAUAUUGACUAUCAGAGUGAGGGGAUGGUGUCUGUCGACUGGGCCGUUGCCAUUAGCGACCCGGAGAGUGGACUAAAAUCUUGCGUAUGGGCUAUUGGCACCACUCCUGGAGCUACUGAUGUCCGUCCGUACAUUGUGAUGUCAGGUGAUGUCACCAGUAGCCAUAGCAACGACCUCUCACCCCUCCUACGCCACGGGACCAAAGUGUACUCGACAGUGACUUGUACGAACAGAGCUGGUCAUCAUAGCAACGCUUAUUCGGACGGGGUGACAAUUCUAUUAAAUCCUCCAAAUUCUUCGCUAGCUUUCGCCACUCUCUCUAGUCCCGAGAUGACACAAUAUGACAUCAUCCUUGGUUACCUCCCUAGCAACCGUCUGACGCUCGUCUGGGGAGGAUUUGCUGAGUCAGCAGAUACUCCUCUCGAAUAUGAAUUACGAAUAACUAUCUCAAGCGAUUUUGUAGGAGACUGGGAAAAUGUUGGCUUCCUGAGACAGUUGACCCUUAACGAUAUCGAGUUGCUUAGCAACAAUAGUCAUGUGAUACAAGUACGAGCAGUCAAUCUGGGAGGAUUAAGAAGUGACCCCGUGAACCUUUCGUUUACUAUACUGGACACGCCCCCUAUUGACUCCGGUAUCCGUGUGAAUGACACCUGGCUAUCAUCUAAUCAGCUAUCAUUGGAUUGGUCAGACAAGUUCACUGACUCUGCCCUCCUCCGCUAUGAACUAAGCAUUGGAACGCAAAGAGGGAGUGGCUCCGUCCAAAUGUGGGUGGAGUUUAGUUCCGAGGAGACCUCCCUCACACUAUCCCAUCCUCAGUUACUGAGAAGGAAUGAUUAUUUCUUAUCUCUAAUAGCGAUUAGCCCAUCAGGACUGUAUGUAACUGUUAACCAAGUUAUAGCUGGUAUCCCCAUGGUAACGUAGGCUGUAUAUAGUUAUUAUUGUCGUCUCAAUAAUUAUUGUUUUUAUAUCACAACAUUUUUGAACACACAACACAAGCACACUCAUAAUAAUUAUAUCCAUGGUUACGGUCAAA